AUGGAAAUGUUAUUCAGAUGUCCAAUUUCAUUCGAAUCGAAAUUAUUUAUGUCAGCGGGUAAAUUUAUUAGUGAUUUCCGAACUUGGAGAAUAGAACAAAUCAAAAAGCAACACCCAGGAACCAAUGUACCUUUGGAUAAGUUGACUCCACAGAGUUUUAUGAAACUCAGUACCUUUACAAACAAAGUCGAUGUCGUAAAGGAUGAGUCUGACAAGUAUUUUAUGUCGGUUCUUCAUAACUAUCAGAGUGCAUUGGGUUUGAAAGCAAUGGGAAUCGAAAGUAAAGUGGUUCCACUACCGGAAGUGAUGGAUGUAGUCGAAGGAAACGACCCAAAUUUUGCGAAAACAUUCUUCACCCAAUACUCCAAGUUGUUCUUGCUUCAGAUGCUCUGCAACGAGAAGAAAGACACUCGUUUUCCCACAAAGAUUAUUCCUGUGUCGGUAGAAGCUGAUAUGGCCGCAAUGUCUAAUGACACAUAUCUAUCUCAAGUCACCAUGAGGCUCUACUUUCUUGCACUCAAGAAGCUGUGUCCAGAAUUCCUUCCUUACAUUUUGAAUGCCAACACAUUCAUUCCAAAAUUAAAGGAGUACCUUCUCACAACAGAUUCCACAGCCAACUAUGUCGAAGGAAUUUUCGAUGAUCAAAUUAAGAAUGUUGGCAAAGAUGGUGUUGGUAAUACCCAACCUUUCAACGAUUUGAAAUCAAAGUUGGAUAUUUUGGAUCCAACUUUUGGACUUUCAUCAGAGAUUCUCCAGCAUUACUACCUCACAAUGCUGGGUCAAUAUGCAUCGCAAUCAUUGAUAGAAACACCACUCACCUCUCAAAUCUACCAGAAUACGAUUCAGUAUUUUAUUAAUGAAGUUGACAAAGAUCCAGCUCAUGAAUUCUAUGAGACUGUUCAAACUCUAAAGUCACUCUACCCAAGCAAUAUCGUAUUAUUGUCUCAGAAAAUUUCUCAAGCAUUUUUCUAUAGGCUGAGAGAGACACAUACUGGACCCGGAACUCCUUCAUAUGAUAAGCUCCUCAAUGAUAGAAACAUCUAUCGGUUCUCAAAUGGUUUAAUUCUUGGUUGUCAACUCUUUGCAAUUGGUUAUGGCAUUGUCAACUACGAAAAGUUGGGCGCAUUCCAAAAAGGAUUAUUCUGGACUUGUGGUGGACUUACAAUCCUUGACAUUUGUAAUCUGGUUGCGGAUUCCACAAAGAAUACCAAUAUUUUCAUCUUCAUUGGUCAAAAGAUUAGAAAAUAUUGUUUAUUAAACAAAACAACAUCAAAGAUUGCCCAGUCUCUUGUUGGUAUGAAUAAAUAUAUUGGUAAAGGAUUGUCAUUAAUUUCCAAAUAUGUUGCACCAGUUCUUAUUAUUGCCUCGAUUGGAUUCUCACUUUAUGAUUGUUUCGAAUCUGCCAAAGCUGGUGACUGGGCUACUUUUGGAAUAUCCGCAUUGGAGGUUGGUGUUGGUUCUGCACUCUUUAUCAUCUCGGUUUUUGUCACCACAAGCUGGGCGGGUCCGACCGCAGUGGUGCUUACCGCAAUUCUUUUUUCUCUUUCUUUGGCAAAGAUGUUGGUGCCAAUCAUUAAAGAAUUCAUUGAAGCCAUUACAGAAGGAUCUCCACAAUAUCAGUUCAUUGAAUCCGUUGAGCCAAUUUACAGAUACGAUGAAAAAUACUACUUUGCAUUGGCUUGGAAAGCAAACUACAAAGCAAGCUCUCCAGAGGGAAAGAAAUUACUCGACGAUCUAAGAAAUAGAAUGACCGAUGAAGAUAAAUAUAUUCUAAACUAUUAUGAAGUUUAUAAUACUUGGACAAAAGCAGUUAAAAAAUAA